AUCUCCAUGUGAAGCUCUUCCUCGUCCUCUUCUUCCUCCUCCUCCUCCUCCUCUUCUUCGUCGUCAUCAUCAUCUUCUUCUUCUCCUACUGCGGCACCACGCCGUCACAUCAGCAAUCAUGACCACCCGGUACCGUGUCGAGUAUGCCUUGAAGACGCACAGAAGAGAUCAGUUCAUUGAAUGGAUCAAAGGCCUCCUGGCCGUGCCGUUCGUGCUCCUUUCACAGCCUACCAACAUCCACGAGGCAGACAAGCCCAGCGUAGCCAACAUGGCCAAGUCAGCUCACCUGCGCUACGCUCAAAUAAUGCAGGACGUCGAAGAGCUACUUGUAGACCACAUCGCUCAUCAAAAAAAAGGAAAGGAGAACAGAUCCAAGCUUAAAUUACUUGUCCCUUCCAUUGGCACGUUCUUCACUCCUCUGCCACUGCAGGACGCCUUUGACUGGCAAGAUAAGAAGCGCUUCAUAUCCUCGCGUCGUUUUGUCGCACCUUCUUUCAAUGAUAUUCGCCUCAUCCUUAACACGGCUCAAGCCAUGUCCCUCAUGCGAUCAGGCAAGCUAGAACUUGUCACCUUCGAUGGAGAUGUCACCCUUUACGACGAUGGCCACAACCUCUCGCCCGACAAUCCUGUCAUCGAGAGGAUUCUUGCACUGAUGAGAAACGGGACGCGCAUCGGCAUCGUAACAGCAGCAGGCUAUACGGAAGCCGAGAAGUACUAUCAACGCCUGUUCGGGCUUCUUGAUGCCGUCGCCGCUGAGAGUCACAAUCUCGAUCUGAACAACAGACUUGUGGUAAUGGGUGGCGAAGCCAAUUUCCUCUUCCGCUUCGAUACCAGUGCUCCACACAAGCUACAGCCCAUUUCCUACGAUGAGUGGCGGUUGCCUGAGAUGAAAAAUUGGACAGAAGAGAAUAUCGCCGACUUGCUUGAUGUUGCCGAGGCAGCUUUGAAGGAUUGUGUUCAGGCAAUGCACAUGCCAGUACAAGUACUCCGUAAAGAACGCGCAGUAGGAAUAUAUCCACCAAAGGGGAAGCUAUCCCGGGAACAACUUGAAGAAACUGUCCUGGUCGUCCAGCGCAUUCUCGAAAUGUCCGAUGCAGGCAAGCGCAUUCCCUUCUGCGCUUUCAACGGGGGCAACGAUGUCUUUGUCGACAUUGGCGACAAGUCCUGGGGCGUAAUGGCAUGUCAGAGUUACUUUGGCGGGAUUGAGGGCAGUCGGAGUUUGCAUGUGGGAGAUCAAUUCCUUAGCGCUGGUGCCAACGAUUUUAAAGCGCGGCUCGCGUCCACGACUGCUUGGAUUGCCAACCCGGCCGAGACGGUGAAUCUUCUCGAUGAGAUUCUGGAGAUGGGUGAGGCGAGCAAGUAGGAUGGGGGCACCCGGCUGCUGUAUACGAUAUGGUACAAUAUGAUGUGUAUUGAUACGACAAGCUCCGAUCUGAGACGUUGUCAUCGACGCUGCUGCACUCGCAUCAAGAGCGAGGCUACUUUACCC